AUUUAUCAAAACAUCCUGUGAAAAAAGCGUCCGAAAGAGGCUGGAACCAACAGAUAUCUGACACAAGGCAAAUCAUUAUAGAUCUAAGAUACUCUACGCUAUUUUAAACCGUCAAACCGAAACCUGUGUGUGUGUCUUGUGGAGGGAAGUAAUAAAGAAGAGAAGAGAACACAAAGAAAAAGCAGAAGACACACAAAGAGGAAGUGAAGCAAAGAAUUGUGGUUAAUGAGUAACAGCCAGCAGUUGGUCCCAAAGGUCUCCCCGCCCUGCAAGGCCUGCUGGGAAAAUCUCUUGGCAGGCACAGACGUGAGUGUGAGUACAGAGAGAUAACGUUGUUGAAAUAAAGAACAGGAAGAGAAGAGAGAGGAGCGUCCUGCCGUCCACCCUCUUGGAUCUCCGGCUAUCCAUCCCCACCCAAGUCCCUCUCCUCUCCCCAGCUACAGUUCCCUCUCAUGGCCAAAGAGAAGGCCAACUCUGGGCCCCUGGCCCGGAGGCCGGACAAUUCAGCUUUCAAACAGCAGAGGCUGCCUGCCUGGUCGCCCAUGCUAACAGCUAACACUGUGCUGCCCUUCUUCUACUGUAUGGCUGUGCUGUGUAUGCUGCUGGGAGUGUGGCUGCUUGUCACCGUGCAGAACACACAGGAACUGAAGCUGGACUACACAGAGGCCGGGACAUGUAAUGCAUGCUUUGCAAAGCGUGAAAACGCCAGCAAUGCCUUGCAGCCCUGCAACUGCACAGUGGUCUUUCCCAUUGAAAAAGCAUUCAAGGGAAAUGUCUUUUUCUAUUAUGGCCUCCGAAACUUCCACCAGAACCUCCGCAGAUACAUGGACUCCAGAGAUGAUGCGCAGAUGGUCGGCAGGAAGAAAAAUCUCAAAAGCCCCAGUACAUACUGCGAGCCAUUUGAAAAGGACGAAAACGGCCUCCCCAUUGCCCCCUGCGGUGCUGUAGCCAACAGUAUCUUCAAUGACUCCUUCACUUUGGUAUAUCAUGGCUCCAAGGGCUCCACAAUUCAUGUUCCACUAUACAGGAGCGGCCUCACCUGGUACACCGACAAAAACAUCAAGUACCGUAACCCAAAGGUGGAUAACCUGACGCUGGCUCAAGUCUUUGAAGGCACGGCAAAGCCACUGUACUGGCACAAGCCUGUGUACGAGCUGGACCCCCACAAUCCCGACAACAACGGCUUCAUCAACGAGGACCUGAUUGUCUGGAUGAGGGAGGCAGCCUUCCCCAAUUUCAAGAAGCUCUAUGGGAUACUGAACCGUGUCAGUGAGCCCUUUACUGAAGGUCUGCCGGUGGGGAACUACAGCAUCGAGAUCUCCUAUAACUUCCCUGUGCAGUAUUUCCGAGGCAGAAAGGAAGUGGUGCUGACGACGGUGACCUGGUUCGGAGGUCAGAACCAUUUCCUGCCCAUUGCUUACCUAGUGACCGGUGGUCUGAUCCUGCUCCUUGCUGUCAUCCUCACAGUCAUCUGGUGGAAGUUUGGCAAGGACGGAAAGAACAUGAAGGAAUGAAGAGGAACAGGUACACAAGGAAGCCUAGGAGUGAAAGAGCGUAAAGAAAGACAAACUGCUAAGUGAGGCUGGAUAUGUUGCUCAGCAGUGGCUCUGAAGAGGACACAAACGCUAAACGACAAGGACUUUGAUACAAAUAAAGAAGUGCGAGUACACAAGGGGUAUGGAAAAUGGUUUAAGAAGAAUCCAUCUAAAAAUCUGGUACAAUACAACAUGAAGUGAAAAACAAUGAGGAAUUUAGCUGCAGAGUUGCUCUCCAUUUAUAUAUCAAGUAAAUGGGACUGGACUGCUUUUACUGUGAUGGUGUUGCUCUGAUAAACUCCCAUUUCUAUUUUGUUGCAGGGCCUUCAAACAAACUCACAGUAAAAAUAUUUUACACGAGUGGGGUGAAGUUGCACUUUCACCUGCACAUUCGGGUAGCUCUGUCACAUAUUUACUUUGUAUAUGCAACCAUGUAGUAGCAGUGCUCGUGUUAAUUGUUAAUUAUUGGAUUGCAUAGACGUGGCAUUUUUUGCUUCUUUUGAUAGGCAUUUUUAUUUGUUCAUGCGCAUAAUUUGAUGCGAGUUAAUUAACAUCAAACAUUUGACACUAGCUAUUGUCAGCUCUGCCGUUAAGUGAUUUUUCCUUUCCUUUUUUUCAUCGACAAUUAUUUAUUUCAUUUAAUUUUUAAUUAGCAAUUGCAAACUGGCAGAACUACUUUGGGAAUAUGCAGAAUAAAAUAUUAAUGGCACUGUACACCUAAUUGAACAAAACUUUGGGAACACUGGUUUCAAAAUCUCCCUAAGAUUGUCCUGUUCAGGCGGUAUUCAUUAACUGUUGAUGUUCUCAGUUGGGGCCACAAAUGCUAAAAAGUAAGAUGAUAUUUACCUCUACAUUACCAAAGGGAAACUGGGGAAAGUGUGGAUAAAAUUACUUAAUUAUUCAAGACUUGGAUCAGCACUCAAUACCGGCAAGUGUACAUAGUUAAGUACUCACUUUUGGUCAUGGAAAAAUGCAGUCAUGUAGAAUUACUGUAUUUAGUAUUGAUUGUUUUAACACUAAAGUGAUCCUACCGGGGAAAUGGCCGGUGUUUAAGUGUCGGUGUGUCAGCUACAUCUAUGUGCAGAGAGAUAAUGGAAAUAUGGGGUGUUUAUGUGUCUCGAGGCGUUUUAAACUGCAAAAGCAAUUUGUUCUGUUCUGCCCCAACAAUCGACCUGCUGUGAGGCUUUAUGUGGAUGUUUGCAGUCCAAGAUUCUUCUAAUAAAGCCAUUUCUUUUUAAAAACUCUUUAUUUCUCUAUAUACAGACAGUGAGAUUCACAUACUGUAGACACAACCCCACUACAGUGACUAGAGAGCACCAAAGCCCUGUAUCUAGAUUGCCUUGUAUCUUGAGCAUAAUCAAAGCAUGAGAUUGGCGACAUAGCUCUGUGGGGGAAAAAAAACAAAAACAAAACAAUCCUCCUGGUGAGAUUGUUAUUCUGUAAAUUUAUAGAGCAGCUUCUUCUACUUUCCUCCUCCAUUUUACGCUCCUGCCGCCAAGCAUUUGGUUAAAUCAGUACCUCAGGUGGAAAAGAGAGGAAUACAGUCUACUGUGGACUAUUUGAUUACUGUUAGACAGUGAAUGAACAUGUCCCACAACUGCAAGCCAUAUUAUGACAAGUCGAAAACAUUCAGUACACAGGACCGCAAUACACAACCAGCUUAAUACACAGAUACAGACGUUGAUGCACACAGAUACAAAAGGUAAGGAAUUAUUCGGGCAUUAAGUUGCACUCAUGAGGAAAGACCAAACACACAUUUCCAAACAAGACAAUCACCAUGACACCCAGAUUAACU